UUGAGGUAUUUCUCCGUUUUGUUGCUGGUCUCUCCAACCCAAUGACAGCUCGGGGCCUGGAAGAAUUUCUGGGUCCAUUUCCUCGUCAAACAACCUGCCGGGUGAUUGACUGGGUGAAGGAGGAGGUUAAACGUCAGAGUGGAAACACAUGGAGUGAAGCUGGUAAAAGGAGCCUCCUGAAAACUUUGCACUACCUGUUUGAGUCUCAGAAUAGUGGACUGGCUCAGGCCGCACUGGGAUCAGUGGAAACACUUUCAUUCAGUGGAAUGACACUGACCCCGAUUGACUGCGCAGUCCUGUCUCAUGUCAUCGGACUCUGUGAUACAAUAAAACACCUCGACCUGGAGAGCUGCCACAUUCAGUGUGAAGGAAUCCAGCGGCUGGGACCCGGACUGCACAAGUGCCAGGAGUUGGGCCUUGGGGAGAAUGAACUGGGGAAUUCAGGAGUGAAACUGGUGUCUGCGGCUCUGAGGAACCCGGAGUGUAAAAUACAGAAACUGUGGCUGAGGAAGGUCGGUCUCACAGAUUUCGGUGCCGAGGAUCUCGGCUCCGCUCUCAGUACAAGCCGAUCGUUGACGGAGGUGAAGCUGAGUCAUAAUGUACUGGGAGAUUCAGGAGUGAAACUUAUGUCUGCGUUUCUGAAGAACCCAGUGUGUAAAAUACAGAAACUGUGGCUGAACAAUGUCGGUCUCACAGAUUCUGGUGCCGAGGAUCUCGUCUCCGCUCUCAGUACAACCCCAUCACUGACGAUGCUGAACCUGGAAUCAAACUUGCUCACAGACCGAUCUGUCCCCGCUCUCCGCCGCCUCAUACUGACCCUCCCGAGUCUGGAGUGGAUCUGGAUAAUGGAGAAUCUAUUCAGCGCGACCGGGAGGAAGGAACUGAGAUCUCUGCAGGAACCUAAACCCGGACUGAAAGUGGCAGUGUGAACAUCUGUAUAUGUGAACAUCCCCCGCUCGCGGGAUGGGGACAGUUUGUCUGAUUUCCGGCCCUCCCCUUUAAUUGCCGCUCUCCAGGUUUAAUUCCCAAUGGCUCACGACGAGCACUCAUCCACAUAAUUCCGCCUCUUGUCCAGCAGUGCUGCCUCCGCGGGUGCCCGGAUCCAGUUUUCUGCAGGUGGACCAUAAGGUGUUACACCAGUGAACUGGGCAGUGAUUAUACUGGGAGAGAAUGAUUUUACUCACUUUGAUAUGGACAAUACAUACAGAAGUCUGGCAGAUAUAAUUAUGCUAAAUUGGCAUAUACCUCCGUUGUGACCCUAAAUCUGCAGGGAUCUCUCCCACUACAAUAAAGUGUAAUUAUAUGAUCAUCCGUAGUCCGUUUUCUGUCUCACUCUCUGUUCCUCUCUCUCUUUCUCUCUCUCUCUCUCUCUCUCUCUCUCUCUCUGCUCUCUGUCCUCUACUCUCUCCUUCUCUCUGUCCUAUUCUCUCUCUAUCUCCCAUAUUCUGUUUCCCUCUCUGUCUUACCCCUCUGUCUCCGUCGCUUCCCUUUCUCGUCCUCUUUCUCACUUCACUAUCUCUUCUGCCGCCUGUACCCUACUCCCACCCCCUUUCAUUCCAUAUCCGACUCUACUUUCCACACCCUGUCUUCCCCCAAUCGGUGUUCUCUCGCCUCUCCGCCUGCCCCUCCCCCUUCAGCGCUGCCAGCCCUCCCCCAUAACCACCCCUCUGCUCCGCUCACCCCAUCCCCCCAUCUAUUCGAGUGCACUGGUCCUUUGCGAUUCUGUCCACCCAGACCUCGCCUCAUUUCGUUGCUCACGGCUCUCCUGACAAUCAGCAUGAUCGAGCGAGGUGGGAGUUGCCCAGUGGAUAAACAUGCUGGGGUGGAAAGAUCAGCCUGCUCUGGGGAAAUGUGACAGGAGUCUCGAAGUGGCCGAAUUUCCUGAUUCCUGCCCAUCGUCCCCGCUAUGGAGAGCGUGGUAACCUGUUUAAAUCAUGAACGCCCGGUGGCACUUACAGUACAUCCACAGUGAUGAAGUGUUCUCAGAGGCUGGUGCUGAAGCUUAUCAGCUCCUGCCUGAAUGACGACCUGGAUCCGCUCCAUUUAGCAUAUCAGACAACAGGUCUACGGGGAAGCUGUGUCCUUCGCUCUUCACGCAACACUGGAACAUUUGGACAGCAAAGAUGCAUUCAUCAGGAUGCAGUUUACUGGUUAUAGCUCGACAUUUAAUCCCACCAUUCACUGAAAACUAAUCAGUAAACUCAGAGACCUGGGUCUCAGUGCCGCUUUGUGUAACUGGAUCCUGAAUUUCCUUACUUGUAACCCCACUCAGUUCAGAUUGGCAAACACAUCACCUCCACAAUCUCCAUCACCACAGGAGUACUACAGGGAUGUGUGCUUAGCCCCAUUAGCCUCAUUUUACACCGAUGACUGUGUGGCUAGGUACAGCACCAACACCAUAAACCAGUUUUCUGACGACACCACUCUUGUGGGCUGUAUCAAAGAGGGUGAUGAAUCAGCAUACAGGAGGAAGAUUGAAAACUUGGAUGAUUGGCGUAAUAACAACUACUUCUCACUCAAUGUCAAUGAGACCAAAGGACUGAUUGCUGAAUUCGGGAGGGGGAAAUCGUAGGUCCAUGAGCCAGUAAUCAUCAGAGUAUCAGAGGUGGAUCCGGCCAGUAUCUUUAUAUUCCUGGGUGUCACUAACUCAGAGGACCUUCCUUGACCCAAAUUGCACAGAGCGCACGACAGCGCCUCUACUUCGCCAGGAGUCUACGGAGGUUCGGCAUGUUGUUAAAAAUCCUUGGCAAAUUUCUAUACAUGUAUGGUGGAAAGUGUGUUGUCUGGCUGCGUUAUGGCCUGGUGUGGGGACACCAAUGCCUUUGAGCGGAAAAUCUUAUGCCCAACACCUCACGAGUAAAGCGUAUCUGAAUGAAACUUUCCGCAUAAAAGCAGCAUCCAUCGUCAAAUAUCCUCAACCCACUGGCCGCGCUCCUUUCUCGCCGCCGCCCUCAGGGAGAGGUUACUAGUGCCUCAGCACUCACAUCACUAGGUUCAAGGACAAUUACUACCCCUCAGUCAUCAGGCACCUGUACAAAAGGAGAUAUCUAUACUUAGUAAAGAACUCAUUAAAGAACUCUUAUUUGUUUAUAUUGUUAUUUCAUUCUCAUUUGUUAUUGCUAUUUAUUUACACAGGCAUUUUCACAGUGUGUUUAGCGUUUACUGUUCCUUAUCUUUAUAGUUUACAGCUAGUGUUCCAUAGAUUGGUUAAUUCUGCCCUCAGGAAAAGAACCUCCGGAUUGUAUAUUGUAACACAUAUCUACUCUGAUAAUAAAUAUUACGUUGAG